AUGUCCCAUUAUAGUGGUUGUCCCUGGCGAAAGCCGGAUUACAACUAUGGUGAUGGCGUAAUUGGAUUGCACGAGGAGAUUGAUCAUUUCUAUAAGUAUAUAUUGCCCACUCCAUGUGAGCACGUCGUGCGCAACGAACUUGUGAAACGCAUUGAGAACUUGGUUCAUGAUCUGUGGCCACAAUCUGUUGUUGAGAUAUUUGGAUCGUUUCGGACGGGAUUGAUAUUGCCGAGCUCAGACAUUGAUAUUGUCGUUCUAGGCCUUUGGGAAAAGCUGCCACUGCGCACUUUGGAAUCCGAGCUUAUUGCACGUGGUUUUGCCAAUAGUAGCACAAUGUUUGUAGUUGAUAUGGCUCAAGUGCCGAUUGUUAAGUUUACGGAUUGUGAAACCAAAAUAAAAGUGGACAUAUCCUUUAAUAUGCAAAACGGCGUACAGUCCGCAGAGCUGAUCAAAUUCCUAAAGAGCGAAUAUCCGGAACUUGGCAAACUGGUAAUGAUACUUAAACAAUUUCUCCAGCAACGCGGCCUAAACGAGGUCUUCACUGGCGGCAUCUCGUCGUACUCAUUGAUCAUCAUGUGCGUCAGCUUUAUGAAACUCCAUUCGCGCAAUUUCAAUGGGAAAACAAAUAUUGGCGUGCUGAUUCUCGAAUUCUUUGAACUGUACGGACUACAGUUUAAUUAUUCGCAAAUUGAAAUAUCUAUUGCCAAUGGCUGCGCCCAUACUAAACGUGGCAACUGGCUUUCACCGCUGUGUAUACCCGAUCCUCUGCAACCCGGCAACGACUUGGGACGUGGCAGCUUUAGUAUUGUUGCCAUUAAACAGGCAUUCCGAUAUGCCUAUCGUGUCCUCAGCCAGGCAGUCAAUCCAGUAUCUGACACUUUUUCAAAUAACAACUCCAUACUAGGUCGUAUUAUUCACAUAAGCGAUGAAGUUAUCGAGUAUCGUGCAUGGUUGCACCAGACUUUCAAUCACCUCGUUAUUGUGGAAAACGUGCUGGAAAUUCAAAAAACUCACAAUGAUAUAUAGAACUGUAACAGCUUGUAAAAGUCGUUAAAUGACAAAUAAAAGGUUAAUGAAGCUCA